AACAGAUUGCCCGAAAGCCCAGUAUUGUUCUUGAAGAAGCAGAAGAAGAGAAGAAGGAUAGGGAGUAUUCAAUCCUCAGUCUUGAAUCUUCUCCUCUGUUCAAAAUUCAAAUACUCGCUGUUGAAUUCAAUUUAAGGUAUCUGAUUGAUGAUUCAGGACAGGGGCUCGCUUUGUCCGUACCAUUUCAUUCUCUCAACUUCUCUCUUACUUCUUCCCCAGUCCGAUUUUCUCAUUUUAUUGUUUGAUUAGGGUUUUUCUUCUCACUUGCCCACCUUUCGAUCUCGUCCGCUCCUUCCUUUUCCAUUUGUAUUCCCUACUCUAAAUUACACGACACGUUGGUACUUUUGUCUAGGAGUGGAGGACUGAGGACUGUUCUGCAGGUCGCCAUUCCGAUUUUUCUUCAUGGAGAAAGGCCACGACGAGGAAGACGCGUAAGUGAAAUUGGCUCGCAAAAUGACGGGCUUGGGGCUCAAUACUCGCAACAAUGAAAACCCCGUUUCAGCUUCAUCCAAUUCGAAUAUGCCCAACAGCCACAAUGACCACCACAGCAACGAUAGUUUGUUUCAGGUCAUGAAAGCAGUUGAAGCUGCUGAAGCCACAAUCAAGCAACAGGUAGAAGAAAAUACUCGUUUAAGGACUGAACUGCAGAUGACAAUGCAGGAACUAGAGAAAGUUAAAAUAGGUGAGCCUGUGGCACUAGGAUCACAUUCUGCCCAUCCAUGGAAUGAACGGAUCCAUAGUCGUUAUGAAGUUUAUCAGUCAGACUUGAUCGGUAAUCCUGAGGAUAAAGCUAGGAGCAUGAACAGCAACUCUGCAGUGGAUCCGUCUAGUUUGAUGGUUUCUCACCAAGGUUUGAAGCCCAAUACUGAAAAUACAAGUCAAGUUCAUGUUGAAAACCACUCUGAUAGAAGCAACAGCAAUGGGAGAUUGAAGGCUUCUCCUGAUAGGCAUGCACUGGAAAGUUCCAAUCUCUCUCAGUUUUCUUCACCAUCCCCGGCAUCUGUUUCUCCUGGGAGGUAUCAAAUUGAAGGAGACUAUGAACCACAACUUAAUGUGCCUGGCCAUGGCACCAUGCAAAUGGCUGAAGUGAAUAAUUCUAACAGCCUCUUGAAACAGGAUUUUGUUCUCAAGGUUCAUGAGCAUGAAGAAGAAAUAGUGCAAUUAAGGAAACGUCUAGCAGAUUAUUCUGUUAAGGAAACACAAAUUCGGAAUGAAAAGUAUGUUUUGGAGAAGCGUAUUGCUUACAUGCGUCUGGCCUUUGCUCAACAGCAACAAGACCUUGUUGAUGCUGCUUCUAAAGCUCUUUCGUAUAGACAAGACAUUAUCGAGGAAAAUAUACGUUUAACAUAUGAAUUGCAGGCAUUAGCGCUGAUGGCUGCGCAACAAGAAAGAUCGACAUUUGUGACUUCCUUAAUGCCACUACUUGCCGAUUAUUCCUUGCAACCACCAGUCCCAGAUGCUCAGUCAAUUAUUAGCAAUGUCAGGGUUCUAUUCAGACAUCUGCAGGAGAAGCUCAUAUUCACUGAGGUACGUGGUGGUAUCAAAGCUCAAAGAAUCCCAGUAUCAAUUGACACCAUGGCGUUCAGAUGUGAGUCAUUCCAGUGUUACAUUGCAGUCCCCAGCUCAUUCAAUGGGCGCAGAAUUGGUGACUACAGCUGGCUCAUGUACACCUUUCGUCUUUUGCUAAUGUAUGCCAACUUACUCUCGAUGUUCCUCAUCUUUGGUGUGCAGAACAAGAAUGGGCUCGAGUUUGUUCCUCGGCCUACAUAUGCUCGUGCAAAUGCGGCGAUGGCCUCCUCUGAUGUUCAGACAGCAGCAGAUUGGGAUAUUCCCAGUCAUAACCAGAGUGGAUUUGGAGGUGGUAUUCCCAAAAAUCAGGAAAUCAAUGAUGGUGGGAGAUAUUCACCUCUUGCAAGCAGAAAUACUCCUGCCCGAGAUUUGCCAGAACAAUUUGCAGUUACCAGGGGAGAUUCUCCAGCGAUGCAGUACAAUGGAGACAACACUAAACAAGUAACAUUCUGUGAUUCUGUGAGCAAUAGCGAGAUGGAUGACCUUGAAGCUGAAGUUCAACUGAACGACAGAGAAGCUCAAUCGAAUUGGGGGUCAGGAACUCCUUACACAACUACGAUUGAUGACCCUACUUCUUCGUAUUCCCCUUAUCUGCCUCCUGUUCUUGAAGAACCUUCUUCUUCAUUUUCCGAGGGUCUGCCGAUGACGAUCCUUUACCAGCCAUCGAGGGCCUUCAAAUUUCAGGUGAUGCAUUUCCUGGCCGAGAGCUCCAUGCAUGUGGAUACUCUACUAACGGAACAACUAGUUGUAAUUUUAAGUGGGUGCGCCAUUUUGAAGAUGGAUCUGUUGAUUAUAUUGAUGGUAUUCCAUUUCAUGAUGUAUUUUGAAUUUAUCUUAUAUUACAUUGAUUUCCCUACCCAAGUAAUUUUUGGUGUCAUUCCAGGAGCAAAACAACCGAACUAUCUUGUGACUGCUGAUGAUGUUGAUACAUAUCUAGUUAUAGAAGUCCAGCCCCUGGAUGACCGGAGGCGCAAGGGAGAACUGGUCAGGGUCUUCGCAAAUGAGAACAAAAAGAUUACUUGUGAUGUUGAAAUGCUGAAUCAUAUAGAGAGGAAUUUUUCUAAUGGUCAUGUUGCAUACAAGAUUUCUUUGUCGACUGGGUAUCUUGAUAUAUGGGAGCCAGCUACUUUAGUCAUCAAGAGGGACAGUUACACUAUCAAGAGUGGCGGCCCUAAUGGAGGAGUUGUGGUCAGUGAGAAGUUUUCGUCAAAGAUAAGUGUAGGAGUUCCUCACUUCGAUAUGAUAUCCUUUCCAUUCUUCAUGCAUCAUGAUUCAGAAGUCACAAUCCCUUAUGGGCACCCCGUAGAAUUCGUUAUAGUUUGUGCUACUGGAGGUCAGCAUAUGUUACGAACAGAUAAUGAUGCAGCAGAUGUUAGCUGCUCAAGAGAUAUCAUUGUGCUUACCAUGAGACUGUUCAUCAUAAAGGCUGGGGAAAAAAGGAAAGGAAAGAAGAGGGGACUGUUUUUCAACAAGUGAAAAUGUUGAUGGUUAUAUCGAUUUUAUUUAUUUAUUUUGGAGUACAUUCUUACAUAUAUGAUAGGUUUUUUGUUCAUUUUUUACAAAUCAUCUCCAUCUAUACCUUCUAUAGGAUCAGCAGCUGUCCCAGAUUCCCUUGUAAGUGAAACAACUUAUAAUGGUUAGUGAAAGUGUUACUCUUUUGUCUGUAUUCUCUCGUCCUGCUCUUCAUCUUUCGUCUUGCUGAAAU